GACCCUGUGUUGCUGGGGUUGUUGGUCUGACCAUGCCUCGGUACUGCCUUUUCGGAGACACCGUUAACACGGCGUCUCGUAUGGAAUCCACUGGGCUGCCUUAUAGAAUCCAUGUAAAUAACAGCACCGUGAAGAUCCUCCGCUCUCUGAACGAUGGAUAUAAAAUAGACGUCAGAGGCAAGACGGAGCUGAAGGGUAAAGGUGUUGAAGAGACAUACUGGCUUGUGGGGAAAACCAGCUUUACAAAACCUUUGCCAAAACCACCAGAAAUAAGACCAGGGUAA